CCAGAACCGGUUUUGAAAAAUUGCCCAUUCAGUCGUUCUCCUCUGGUUUGUUACAGUCGAUUCAGAGGUUUAAAAAAUAAUGGCUUCUUUGGACUCCGACGUUAAUAUGGUUCCAGUUGGUGAGGCAUCGAGCAGUUCUACUUCUUCAUCCUCCAAGAAGCCUAAAUGUUUCGAGAUCAAGAAGUGGAGCGCUGUUGCCCUCUGGGCCUGGGAUAUUGUUGUUGAUAACUGUGCGAUUUGCAGAAACCAUAUUAUGGAUCUCUGCAUCGAGUGUCAAGCGAACCAGGCCAGUGCCACGAGCGAGGAAUGCACUGUAGCAUGGGGGGUUUGUAAUCAUGCCUUCCACUUUCACUGCAUCAGUCGAUGGCUUAAGACUCGUCAAGUUUGUCCAUUGGAUAAUAGCGAGUGGGAGUUCCAGAAGUAUGGCCACUAGAGCCUUUGAGUUGUUGGAUUAUCAGUCUGCUAUCUAGUGGGGAUUUGAAAUAGAAUUUAUGGGUCUCUAUUGGCCCUUUUCCCGGACAACUUUUUGCCAGAUCUACCUAAUGAUCAUUUUGUGAAUUAUUAGAUCUGACUUUGUAUUUGAUCAUGGGUAUACUGGAUUCAUUAUGCCAUGCAUUGUAUUACUGUGGUUCAGUGUUGCGUUUUGGCAGUUAAAGGUUGUACUUUUGCAUGGUUAUUGACAGUAUGAUUCGAGUGUUUGUGAAUUGUGAUGAAUGCUCUUACUGGAUUUAUGCAAGUGUACUAUGUUGUUCUCA